CUAUUUGUGAGGCAGGGGCUGCGGUGGCGGCGGCGCCUCCAACUAGUUCCGGUUUCCUUCCCUCCUCAGCUCCUCUGGGAGGGCGCGGGGUCUAGGAGUCGCCGCCGCCGCCUCUGGGGCCCGGCGUCUGGUCGGUCUGCCUCGCUUGUGUGCACGCUCGCCCGCCGGCCGCGGACAGUCAGAGCGGCCGGGAAAGCGGCGCGGGCCGGGCGGGGCGCGGCGCCCCGAGCGCAGGGGGAGACAAAGCGGGGCCGGCCCCCUCUCCCGGCGCCAAGAUGUGGAUCCAGGUUCGCACCAUCGACGGCUCCCAGACGCGCACCAUUGAGGACGUGUCUCGCAAAGCCACAAUCGAGGAGCUGCGCGAGCGGGUGUGGGCGCUGUUCGACGUGCGGCCCGAGUGCCAGCGCCUCUUCUACCGGGGCAAGCAGUUGGAAAAUGGAUAUACUUUAUUUGACUAUGAUGUUGGACUGAAUGACAUAAUUCAGCUACUAGUUCGCCCAGACCCUGAUCUUCCUAGCACAUCAAAACAGACCGAUGUACAGGCCAAACCCUGUUCUAACAGUCCACCUAAAGUAAAGAAAACUCCACGGGUGGGAAGUUCCAGUCAGCCAUCAACAUCAACUCGUGAUUUUCUUGUUGAUCCUGGCAUUGGAAUAUAUAAGGUAAAUGAAUUGGUGGAUGCCAGAGAUGUCGGCCUUGGUGCUUGGUUUGAAGCACGUAUACAUAGUGUUACUAGAGCUUCUGAUGGACAUUCACGUGGCAAAACUCCACUGAAGAAUGGCAGUUCUUGUAAAAGGACUAAUGGAAAUGUAAAUCAUAAUUCCAAAGAGAACACAAAUAAAUUGGACAAUGUACCCUCUACGUCUAAUUCAGACUCUGUUGCUGCUGAUGAAGACGUUAUUUAUCAUAUCGAGUAUGAUGAACUUACUGUAUACAUAGAGUAUUUAUACAGGCAUACCUUGGAGAGAUUUGCGGGUUUGAUUCCAGACUACCGCAAUAAAGCAAAUAUUGCCAUAAAAUACCCAGAAAGUGGUACUGUAGAAAUAAAUGUCAAGGAUCUUCGACCACGAGCUAGAACCACUUUGAAAUGGAAUGAACUAAAUGUUGGUGAUGUGGUAAUGGUUAACUACAAUGUAGAAAAUCCUGGUAAUAGAGGAUUUUGGUUUGAUGCAGAAAUCACUGCUUUGAAGACAAUCUCAAGGACCAAAAAAGAACUUCAUGUGAAUAUUUUCUUGGGGGGUUCCGAAGGAAAAUUAAAUGACUGCCAGAUAACAUUCGUAAAUGAAAUCUUCAAGAUUGAGAAACCUGGAGCCCAUCCUCUUUCAUUGGCAGAUGGAAAGUUUUUAAGGAAAAAUGACCCUGAAUGUGACUUUUGUGGUGGAGACCCAGAUAAGAACUGCCGUUCUUGCUCCUGUCGUAUAUGUGGUGGAAAACAGGAACCCAACAUGCAGCUUCUGUGUGAUGAAUGUAACAUGGCCUAUCAUAUUUACUGCCUGAAUCCACCUUUGGAUAAGGUCCCUGAAGAGGAGUACUGGUAUUGUCCUUCCUGUAAAACUGAUUCCAGUGAAGUUGUAAAGGCUGGUGAAAGACUCAAGAUGAGUAAAAAGAAAGCAAAGAUGCCAUCAGCUAGUACUGAAAGCCGGAGAGAUUGGGGCAGGGGAAUGGCCUGUGUUGGUCGCACUAGAGAGUGUACUAUUGUUCCUUCUAAUCAUUAUGGACCUAUUCCUGGGAUUCCUGUAGGAUCGACUUGGAGAUUUAGAGUUCAGGUGAGCGAAGCAGGUGUCCAUAGGCCACAUGUUGGUGGGAUUCAUGGUCGAAGUAAUGAUGGGGCUUAUUCUCUUGUCCUGGCUGGUGGAUUUGCAGAUGAAGUAGACCGAGGUGAUGAAUUCACAUACACUGGGAGUGGUGGUAAAAAUCUUGCUGGUAAUAAAAGAAUUGGCGCACCAUCGGCUGAUCAAACAUUAACAAACAUGAACAGGGCAUUGGCCCUAAACUGUGAUGCUCCAUUGGAUGAUAAAAUUGGAGCAGAGUCUCGGAAUUGGAGAGCUGGUAAGCCAGUCAGAGUGAUACGCAGUUUUAAAGGGAGGAAGAUCAGCAAAUAUGCUCCUGAAGAAGGCAACAGAUAUGAUGGCAUUUAUAAGGUGGUGAAAUACUGGCCAGAGAUUUCAUCAAGCCAUGGAUUCUUGGUUUGGCGCUAUCUUUUAAGAAGAGAUGAUGUUGAACCUGCUCCUUGGACCUCCGAAGGAAUAGAACGGUCAAGGAGACUAUGUCUACGUUUACAGUAUCCAGUAGGUUACCCUUCGGAUAAGGAAGGGAAGAAGACUAAAGGACAGUCAAAGAAGCAGGCCAGUGGAGCCUCAAAAAGACCGACUACAGAUGAUGAUUGUCCAAGUGCCUCUAAAGUGUUCAAAGCAUCGGAUUCAGCAGAAGCAGUUGAGGCUUUCCAACUGACCCCUCAACAACAACGCCUAAUCAGAGAAGAUCAUCAAAACCAGAAGCUAUGGGAUGAAGUGCUUGCAUCACUUGUGGAAGGACCAAAUUUUCUGAAAAAAUUGGAACAAUCUUUUAUGUGUGUCUGCUGCCAGGAGCUAGUUUACCAGCCUGUGACAACAGAUUGCCUCCACAAUGUCUGUAAAGAUUGCUUACAGCGCUCCUUUAAGGCUCAAGUUUUCUCCUGCCCUGCUUGCCGGCAUGAUCUUGGCCAGAAUUACAUCAUGAUUCCCAAUGAGAUUCUGCAAACUCUACUUGACCUUUUCUUCCCUGGCUACAGCAAAGGACGAUGAUUUGUCUACUUCUACUGUGUGGCUCCCGUUGGCUUUUUGGACAAUAAAGAAUCUAAAAUGAUUGGGGGGUGGGAGGGGAGCAGUGAUGGACCACAUCUCACGUUCUGAAGCAGCUAAUCCUCUUUCCUACGUAGCCAUCAUCUUGUGUGUGUAGUAAGAGGCCCAUUUCUCAGCUGUCUUUUAAAUAUCAAAAGGUAGUUCUUGUCAGUAACAACUAGUUUUAAUGAGUAAAAAGUUAAAGCCUCAGCUCUAGUUGAUAUCCAAGUUAUGAUUUAUUUUGCAACUACCUCAGGACAGAAAAGAUUUAUGGGGAUUUUUUAAAUCAUUGAAUAAUUAGUUAAAUGAAUUUUAGCUACACACUGCCUCCCAAAUAUUAGUUGUGCCUGGUUCAUGUAAUUUGAUUUUACAGAAAAGAAAAUGACACUUGAGAUUGUUGGAAUGAAUGCAGCUUCUGUAGUGUGCAUAAUACAUUUUUAAUGUCUUCUUCCAUUACAGUGUGUGUUUUGCAGGUUCAUUUUUUAGCCCAUUUUUGUGAACUCCAUUGUGCUUUUUUCUGGUGUUUUAUGCAAGUUGACUACUAAUGACUAAUGAGAACAAUAUGAAUGCAUUGUUGCUGCAUUAGUGUAAUGUGGUGUGGUUUUGCACUUAAAAGAGGUAUUCAGAUGCUCUAGUUGUAAAUGUUCAUGAAAAGCCUCUUCUGUACUAGUCAAACUGCUUUUAGUGAGUCUCACCAGUGGUUUUACAUCUGCAGAGCAUUGAGGACUGGGCUGACUUUUGAGAGGAUUGAAAUUGCUUCAUAUUGUGAUCCUAAAUUUUAUAUUCACUAUAUUCCCUAAAGUAUACCUUAAUAAAUAUUUUAUGAUCAGAAAAAUAGCUCAUCUUGCCUCACUUUUUUACAUUUUUCUGGCUUAUAGUAUGUAUUUCUAAGACUCAGUCAUUUCCAGAAUAUUUCACUUUGUGUUUUUAUUGAAACAGGCAUUUUGCACAAUUUUUUACUCUUGAUUUUUGAUAAUGAAAACUAUGAAAUUUUAAGCGCUAAGGACAGAUUUCACCCUGGGUUAGAUUUAUUUAUUUAUUUAUUUUAAAUUUUACUAAAUGGAAAAACAUUUCUUUUCUGUAUAACAACUUCAGUCUUCAAUUUUAGUGUAACCAAUGCUGCUUCUUAUUUCACAGAUACCAGAAUAUUCUAAAACAUAGUUCCAGUCUCUGAAGCUAUAUUACAUUUUCAUCAGGGAAAAGCUUUAAUAUGAUCAAGUCAGUUUUCCUACCCCUGAAUUCAGAGCCAUAUAUAUAGCCAACAUUUAUUGAAUAUUUGCUUUGCACUAGUCACUUUUCCGUUUUUAUGUGUAUUCAUUUAAUUUUACUGACAAUCCUAAGAGGCAGGUGCUAUUAUCCCCAUCUUAUGGAUGAAUGGCAAAGGCACAGAAAAAUUAAGAAAGUUGCCAAAGUUUGUACUCAGAGGAAGUGGCAGAGCUGUGCUGUAAACUCGGGCGAUCCGAGUCCAGAUGUGGCAGCCUUUACUUCUGGGCUUCACAGGCUCUCCAUCAGAAGAUAAGCCAGACUCAUCGCAGUGCUUUUCCUGCAUUCAAUUAAACUCAAAUUCCAGUUCUGGGAAACACUUACAGCAGAGUGAUUGGAGCUAUUGUCACUUAGGGCCAGUUAUAAACUUUGGAAUCACUUGUGUUUUGAAGAAGCAAAUUUAAAUAGGACCUUCUUAGAUGGAAAAUGAAUCGUUAAAUUGCGUCAUCUAGUGUUGUAUUCCUUCAGCACUGGCCACAUCUCUUUGUGAAGGGUGGAGAAUAUCUCCCAGUUUCAGCUACUUGAACUGGUUUAGUUCUACCACUUUUAUUAGCAAAAUAAAUGAUUCCCACAGUUAGACUAUGUAUUAUCUUAACUGUGUUACAACAUGAUACACUAGGAAAGAAAGCUGAUUACAGCUUAAUGUGUUCAGAAAUACCAAGAAUGGCCCAAAGCCUAAAUAAUUUUAUGUUGCUCUUGAAGUUUGUUUGGUGACUUUGGUUUUUUUACAUGAAUAUUUCAGUUUGUAUCUAAAAGAUACAGAGUUUUACAAAACAUAACCACACUGUCACACAUAAAAAAAAAUUUAACAGUAAUUUUAUCAUUGGAUAGCUAGUAAUAAUGUUCAAAUUUCCAUAGUCUCAAAUGCCGUACAUGUAUAUUAUAUUUUAAGUUAGUUUGUUUGAAUCAGGAUCCAAAUAAGGACCUUACAUUGUUGUUAAUUGCUGUCUCUUUUCUUUUAAUCAGUAUACCCCCUCAAUGUUUUUUUUUUCUCCCUUCCCUUUUUCCAAUUUGUGUGUUGAAACUGUUUUGGAGCCUUUCUGACAGAAUAGAUUUUGCUUAUUAUAAUUACGUGGUAUAGAUUAACCUGUUCCUCUUUAUUUUUCUGUACAUUGAUAGUUAGAAUUCAAGCAUGACCAGAUUCAAAUUUGAAUUUUUAAUUUUUUUGGCAAGACUUCUUCAUAAGUGGUGUGUUUGUUCUUCAAGUCAUACAUAGUAUCUGGUUGUCUCUUAGGCUUAAAUUUAAAAGAUGAGCUUUUCUCUGGAUUCUAUUACAUUUAGUAGAUUACAGUGAUUACUGUUAAGUACUCAUCCACUUUCAUAUGGGUAGGGGCUUCUUUUAGUUUUUUCUAAUUAGAGUAGGCAGGGCCUCUAGUUUUAGAACUCACUUCUAAAUAACAUGGUUCAUUGAACAAAUAUGUGCAUGCAAGUGUGUUUAAGGAUAUUAGGUAAUCUUUGGGAAGCUGGUAAUCUAAAACAACGUUAGCUUUCUCACAACCCUGGUGUGACAAUGUGGCUAGCAGAAAGGGGCCCCAUCUAUGUAACUUACAGGUUUGAAUUUCAGGAUAGAUCUACUUAUAAGAGCUGGAUAGAGAUCUGCCCUGACUUUCCUACUGUCUGCUAUUCUUUCUUUGCCCAUUAGGGACCAGAUCUUUCCCCAUUCUUCUUCAGGACACCCUAAAAGAUAGAGCUCAUGACUAUCUACCCGAUUUGAGGGAAUUGAGCUUGAUGGCCCACUUGUCACCGGCUCAUCUUGGGAAGAGUUAUCCCUGUUUGUCCACUGUCUACUGACUGGUCCCCACACCACACCUUUACAGGAACUGAUAUUUAGUAACCAGGAUUAAUCACACACUACACAGAAGAAAAUUGAGUAAACACCAGUCACUGGGCACAAGAAAUCAAGAGCUAGCUAGAGAGGGACCAAGCAGGCUGACAAAAUGACUACUAUUGAAAAAAAUGAAUGAAAGAAUGAGUUUUACAACUAUAUCCUCAAGUAUUAAAUUGCAUUGCAUUGAUAGAACAAGCUGCGUGAAGAGUAAUUUGAGAUUAAAAUUCUUGGAAAUAAACAUGAUUGUGAAAACAAAAUGAAACACAAAACAGAAUGGACACUGCCAAAAUUUGAACGUAUUGCUAAGUGAUCUGUUAUAUAUGGAUAUCCCACAAUCUGUUUAUCUAUUCAUCUGCUGAUGGAUAAUUGGGUUGAUUCCAGGAUUUUGCUAUUAUAAAUAAAGCUGCUUUGAACCUUUGUGUGUAA